AUUUUAUGAGGGUUGUGCCCUGAUUGGUCAGACUGGAAUCCCAAAGAUGCUUUAAAAAAUGUAUCGGGAACAAUGACUCUAGCCAAUGAUUGGCUGAACGUGCCACAGUUGAUCAAACCAGAAGAUGUAGUAGAUCCAAACGUUGAUGAACUCUCGAUGAUGACAUACUUAUCUCAGUUUCCCAAUGCUAAGUUAAAACCAAAUGCUCCUCUUCACCCUCAUGUUAAUCCCAACAGAGUGCGCUGCUACGGUCUAGGUAUUGAGCCUACUGGGGUCGUUAGUUAUGUUCCAAUAAGUUUUACUGUUGAGACUUUCAGUGCUGGCAAGGGUGAUGUUAAAGUGUUAGUCGAGAACCCCAGAGGACAGUUGGAACCAGCACAAAUCAAGUUUAAUGUUGACGGAAGCAAAACCUAUACAGUUACAUAUACUGCCAAGAUGGAAGGUAUGCAUAAGGUAAAAGUACUGUUUGCUGGAAAUGAAGUUCCAAAGAGUCCUUACAAUGUCAAGGUUGAGGGCACUGUUGGUGACUUUAGAAAGGUAUCCACUAGUGGACCUGGGUUAGAACCUACUGGUGUGAUGGUUGGCCAACCUACCUACUUUGACGUCUUUACAAAAGAUGCUGGUAAAGGUCAGUUACAGAUAAUCGUUCUUGACCAACAAAAUAAUCGAAACACUACCAUCUGCAGAUUAACGAAAGUAUCUGAAUAUAUCUAUCAAUGCCAGUAUGUUGCUCAAACUGUGGGAAUCCAUUCCAUCAGUAUCUUCUUUUCUGGGCAACAGAUUCCUUACAGCCCGUUUAGUGUAACAGUUUGCUAA